GGCUCCCCUCGAGAGGCUGUGGGCCAAGCUCCCCGGCACACUCAGCCCCGGACGGGCGGCAGACAGCCAGACAGACGGACACACAUCUCGGCCCCCGGCACGGCCGGCCCCUCCUGGGAAGAUGCAGGUGCUCGUGAUGCUGCUCGCUGCAGCCGGCACCUACCUGGGCCUGCUGACAGCAGCUACAGCCGCCUCGAACCCUGGCCGACAGGACACCCCCAGCACGCUGCCCCUUCACCGGCGCCAGAAGAGAGACUGGAUCUGGAACCAGAUGCACAUCGACGAAGAGAAAAACGGCUCGCUGCCCCAUUACGUGGGCAAGAUUAAAUCCAGCGUGAACCACAAGAACACCAAGUACCAGCUCAAAGGCGAGUCCGCCGGCAAGGUCUUCCGGGUGGAUGAGAACACCGGGGAUGUGUACGCCUUCGAGAGGCUGGACAGGGAGAAGAUCCCUGAGUACCAGCUCGUCGCCCUCGUGGUGGACAAGAACACUGAGAAGAACCUGGAGUCUCCUUCCAGCUUCACCAUCAAAGUUCACGAUAUCAACGACAACUGGCCUGUGUUCACACAGCUCGUGUUCAACGCCUCCGUGCCUGAGAUGUCAGUGAUAGGGACCUCGGUCAUCCAGUUGACAGCAGUAGACGCAGAUGACCCCACGGUGGCAGACCACGCCUCUGUCAUAUACCGGCUCAAGGAGGGAGAAGAACACUUCCGCAUCCGUGGUCCUGGACUCAUUGAAACGGCCAGCAAAAACCUGGACCGAGAGACAGUGCCCAUGUACAAAAUCGUGGUGGAAACACAAGAUGCCCAGGGCCUCCGUGGGGACUCAGGCACAGCCACUGUGUUCAUCACUCUGCAGGACGUCAACGACAACUUCCCCGUCUUCACCCAGACCAGGUACACAUUUUCUGUGCCUGAAGACAUCCGUGUGGGCAGCCCCCUGGGCUCUCUGUUUGUCAAGGACCCAGAUGAGCCCCAAAACCGGAAAACCAAGUACAGCAUCGUGCAGGGCGAGUACAGGGACACCUUCACCAUCGAGCCGGACCCCACCCGCAACGAGGGCAUCAUCAAGCCCAUGAAGCCCCUGGACUAUGAACGCAUCCAGCAAUACAGCUUCACCAUUGAGGCCACAGACCCCACCAUCGACCUCCGCUACCUGAGUGGCACCUCCACCAAGAACAUCGCCCGUGUCAUCAUCAACGUCACAGACGUGGACGAGCCCCCCAACUUCAAGCAGCCCUUCUACCACUUCCAGCUGCGGGAGAAUGAGAAGAAACCUUGGAUCGGCUCAGUGCUGGCCGUGGACCCGGACGCUGCUCAGCGGAGCAUCGGAUACUCCAUCCGCAGGACCAGUGACAAGGGCCAGUUCUUUGGAAUAAACAAGCACGGGAAUAUUUACAAUGUGAAAGAACUGGACAGAGAAGUCUACCCCUGGUAUAACCUGACAGUGGAGGCCAAAGAGCUGGAUUCUAGGGGCACCCCCACGGGCAAGGAAUCCAUUGUGCAGGUCCACAUUGAAGUUCUGGAUGAGAACGACAACGCCCCGGAGUUUGCCAAGCCCUAUGAGGCCAAAGUGUGUGAGGACGCCCCACAGGGCAAGCUGGUUGUGCAAAUUUCAGCAAUAGACAAGGAUGUAACACCACGAGAUGUGAAGUUCAAGUUCUCCCUGAGCACUGAGGACAGCAACUUCACCCUCACGGAUAAUCACGAUAACACGGCCAACAUCACAGUCAAGCACGGGUAUUUUGACCGGGAGCGUGCCAAGGUCCACCACCUUCCCAUACUCAUCUCGGACAACGGGAGGCCGAGCCUCACAGGCACCAGCACGCUGCACGUGACCGUGUGCAAGUGCAACGAGCGGGGCGAGUUCACCUUGUGCGAGGAGAUGGGCGCCCAAGUGGGCGUCAGCAUCCAGGCCCUGGUAGCCAUCUUCCUCUGCAUCCUCACCAUCGCAGUGAUCUCCCUCCUCGUGUACCUGCGGCGGCGUCUCCGGAAGCAGGCUCGCGCCCACGGCAAGAGCGUGCCGGAGAUCCACGAGCAGCUGGUCACCUACGAUGAGGAGGGCGGCGGCGAGAUGGACACCACCAGCUACGACGUCUCGGUCCUCAACUCAGUGCGCCACGGCGGGGCCAAGCCCCCGCGGCCGGCGCUGGAUGCGCGACCGUCCCUCUACGCGCAGGUGCAGAAGCCACCACGUCACGCACCCGGGGCGCAUGCGCCAGGGGAGAUGGCGGCGAUGAUCGAGGUGAAGAAGGAUGAGGCGGACCAUGACGGCGGCGGCCCUCCCUACGACACGCUGCAUAUCUAUGGCUACGAGGGCGCUGAGUCCAUCGCCGAGUCCCUCAGCUCCUUGGGCACCGACUCAUCCGACUCUGACAUCGAUUAUGACUUCCUCAAUGACUGGGGGCCCAGGUUCAAGAUGCUGGCCGAGCUGUACGGCUCAGACCCCCGAGAGGAGCUGCUGUAUUAGGAGACCCAAACCACCGAGGCUUAGGCUAGUCAGACAUGAGGCACUGAGCCCUUGAAUUGUAGCACUCAUGCCCCAGCCUAAGAGCCCUUCCUCCUGGGUCCCAGAGACCUCAUCACCUUGAGUAGCACAACCAAGUCCCUGAAAUGUCCAGGAACAUCUUUCAGCAACGGCUACUCACAAAAUGCUGGAAAAUCCAGGAUGGUGUUCUGUCUGGGCUGGGCAUCCUGUCACCCGGGACCCAGGGUCCAACUCAAGCCUUUCUCUGGCUCCGCAAAGCAGCUUAUUAUCGACUCCCAAGGGGAAUUCUUCCUCUGAGGUCAGAGAGCCUCAUGGGGAGGUCCUGGUGCCUGUCAGCCUGGAAGCAUACACCCUCCAGAGUCCCCAGCACUCCUCAGCCUCUCCUCAGACCUGUCAAGAGGGAGGAAGGGCCCCUGACAGUUCCUGUGGUGACCUUGCUGGCCUGCUACGCUUGUAACUAUGCUGUGCUGAGUGUUGACAACUCAUCCAAAGUCAGGGAAAUGGUUUGUUGAACUUCAAAGCAACUGUGAAUUCAUCCUGGAGGGAUAGUGGAGACCAAGUGUGACAGAUCAUAGGGUGAGGGCCACUCCCACUCCCUCCAGAGAGGGCCUGGAGUCACUGUGACCCCAACUUGAGACUCAUGACACCGCUCCAGUUUUGCCUGGCAAGUGGGGCCGAUGUUCCCAGAGCAGAAGACCUCUGCCCAUCUCCCCUGGUCACUCGCUCAUGCUCUUUUCCUUUUCUCUCCAUCCAGUCUUGAUCUCUUGACUUAGAGGCCCUCAAGAUGUGACCCACAUCAACUCUGGCCAAAGUCCAAACCCAAACAUGACUGCAUAACAGAGCUGUGCCAUUUGCCUUUACACCUCAUCAUGGCCACAUCUCAGGGAACCCCAGCAGGGCCUCAUUCCUGCAGGGGGCAAGGCCCCUGCCCAAGCCCUGCAGUCACCCAUGCAUCUCGCACUUAUGGAACUUUCCACUGCAAACACACCUCUGGGAAAUGGCUCCACUCAACAGGAGGGGAUGGGGGAAGGAAGCAAACUCUUCAGCGCACCCUUUGACAUGAACUAAGUUUCCUGCUUUGGGAAAGGCUCCCCCCACAAUUCAGGGGACUGUAGAUAACACUGACUUUUUGCUUUUAACUAAUAACUACUUUCUCACUUUUUUAACUAAUAAUACUUACACAUUUCUAGCUCUCACAAAUAGAAUAAGGAUUUUUUGCAUAAUGAGCUGGUUGCUAUUUAGGUUAACAACUUAAAUUCAGGUUUUUUUAGUUGGAUAAACCAAUUCCUAUAACCUUCUAUUUCCUAUCAUUGUGGUAAUUGCUUUAAUGAUAAUGACUAUAUAUAUAUUGGCUGCACGAAUGCAUGGGACAUACUGUAUUUUUUUUAUAAUU